AUGUCCAGCAACACAGGUAUCAUUGGAUACGCCCCGUUCAUAAACAAGGUUGUUACGCAGUGGAACCUCCAUGAUAAUGAUGACGACCAGCUCUUCUACACCAAAAUAUACGUGGAUCCUUUACAGCAACACACUCUCAACAUGACUUUGGACCACAAGUGCCAGAUUUUCCAGAACCUGAACGGGGCCGUUGACGAAGUGCUUCUCAAGUUUGGAACAAACCUCGUAAGAGUUAGAAACACUGUGUACGACUCUCUGCCAGUGGUUGUCCAUGGAAACGGAAAUACUAAAAUCUACUUGAACCACUUGGCCAACUACGUCCCCAACACAUGGAACUAUGAGCAUGGCUGCAGCCACUGUGACGACGACAUUCUGGAUUUACCUCAGUUAAAAACUGAACGUGGUGUUGAUGAAACCCCCACCCAGAAAACCCUAGACCACACCCCCGGGCUGAUGGUCUCGUAA